UCUUUGAAACCAAUGCUAAAGUGACAAAAAUUCUGCAAGAAAGGUAGGCAGAAUUACGGGGAGAUAAGGGGACGUAAUCAACAGAAAGGUGGACAGAAAUACGGGGAGAUAAGGGGACGUAAUCAACAGAAAGGUAGGCAGAAUUACGGGGAGAUAAGGGGACGUAAUCAACAGAAAGGUAGGUAGAAUUACGGGGAGAUAAAGGGACGUAAUCAACAGAAAGGUAGCCAGAAUGACGGGAAGAUAAGGGGACGUAAUCAACAGAAAGGUAGGCAGAAUUACGGGGAGAUAAGGUGACGUAAUCAACAGAAAGGUAGGCAGAAUUACGGGGAGAUAAGGUGACGUAAUCAACAGAAAGGUAGGCAGAAUUACGGGGAGAUAAGGGGACGUAAUCAACAGAAAGGUAGGUAGAAUUACGGGGAGAUAAAGGGACGUAAUCAACAGAAAGGUAGACAGAAUGACGGGAAGAUAAGGGGACGUAAUCAACAGAAAGGUAGGCAGAAGUACGGGGAGAUAAGGGGACGUAAUCAACGGAAAGGUAGCAGAAUACGGGGAGUUAAGGGGACGUAAUCAACAGAAAAGUAGGCAGAAUUACGGGGAGAUAAGGUGACGUAAUCAACAGAAAGGUAGGCAGAAUUACGGAAGAAUAGAGAGUGUCUUGAACCAAAUCAUAAUAGAUAAGGAUAAUUACGAAAGGUGACACGAAAAUGCACGGAAAGGAGAUGUCACCAAAGGUUAGAUGAGUUAAGAGAGAUAAGGGGACAUAAUCAACAGCACGGGGAUAUCGCGAAAGGUUAGGCAUAUCAGUAGAUUACAAGGACAGAGGUACACUCACUAGCAGGAAGAGUUGAUAGCAUAUGUAUAUCUUCUCCAACCGUUGUUAAGCGACAAUUUUACAAGAUUUGUUUUGAAGAAUGUUCAGUUACAAUUGUUUGUUUUACUAAUUGAAAACCGGAGAAAGAGCAAUCGUGAUAAUAAAUUGAAAAACCUUUAAUCCUUAUAUUCCAUAGAAAUACAUUAAAAAAAUGUUGUAUCUCUGUGGUACAUAACAUGUUUUUCAGAGAAGCCGAUAGGAAUGCAGAUGAAGACCAGCGUCGUCGAAUUAAUGAUUUAGAGGAUUCCUUUCAACGACUUGAGAAACGCAUGCAGGAAGGAGAUGACGAAUUUCAGGAAUUAGCGAAUAUGGUUCGUGAUCUUGUGCCAAGGGUAGAACGAGCAUCUUCUCUUGUGAGGAAUUACACUUGCCAUCUAAGCAAGGACCGCAACCGAUGCAUUCCGGGAGAUCUAGAUACAAAACGUCAGAGGUCAAGAGGUCAACAACAUAAUGACGGAGGUUCUGAACUUAGUGGACAGAGUAACACAAAGAAACAAAAUGGUACUCCUGGACACAAUGGCAAAAGUGAUUCUCAAAGUAACACAGAAAAACGCAAGAGUAAGAAGAAAGUAAGAUUUGCUGAUGAUUCGGCAACCCCUCUGAGCAUGAACAGUGUUGAUUCUCGAAGAUCCGGAUCUCUAGGUGAAAAUAAAAAGGGAAAGCCAAAGAGACAAAGUAAUGAUGAGGGUUACAGCCAUGAUAGGUUACAUACAGCCAAAGUGCCUCUAAAUGAUACAGGUUUUAAACGAAGACUGACGGAAAAAGACGUCGAUAACAGACUUCAUUAUUUUAGGAAAAUUGAGAUCCAGAAAAAAGAAAACAAACAUACCGUUGAAGAGAGUAAAGAGGAAAAAGGCGCCGUAGGUAAUGACCAAGAUGUUACUUCUAGUGAUAACACCAGUAUGCUGAAAGAUGAGGCUGUGUUAGGAUAUAUGAAAGACGAAUUAGCGCGUCAUUCCGAAACUCUAAUGAGGAGUUUAGGAGGACAUGAUGACCUAGACAUGUCUCUAUUCAGCUUUGGCCUAGAGGAAACUCUGAAGCUUGUGAGCGAAGACCCAAAUAUUGUACAACAAAUUGCACAACAGGAGGAGCACGUGUCAAUGGAGACCCUGAUGAAAGACAACAUGGAGACUUCGGCAUAUAUUGAAGAUAUGGCCAAACGAGCAGAUGUGGAAAAAAUUAAAGGGUCAGCAGCCAAACUACCACGGGGAGUCGGACCUGACACGGUCUUGUGCUUAGAUACUUCAGGGAGUAUGGAAGGUGCAGCCUUCCAGGAGAUGAUUUCACUAGCAAUUAAGUUUGUUGAUGGGAUUCAACAAGUCUCCCUAGUCCUUGGUAUAGAAGAGAACAUUGGGGUGUCCACUUUCGGGAAAAAACCUGGUGUCCCUCUCCAUCUGACCAACCAAUAUGACAAGGUGAAGGAGGUGUUACUGUCACUAAAGGCAGAAGGACCAAGUCCAAUGUUUGAUGGCAUACAUAUGGCAAUAGCGGCCUGCGAGGGAAAUGGCAGACGUGUCACGAUGAGGGGAAUCCCUGUUGGGAGCAGGAUCAUACUGAUGUCUGAUGGCAAGGGCACACCUGAUCACUGGCAUCUGAUCGGCGACACUGUCGACCCCAACAACGGAAAGGCUAAGUUAUUGGUGAAUAACUUUAUGGUUUGCGCAGGUCAUCUAGUUAAGUCGCAUGGAAAUACUGUGUAUUCAGUUCCGGUUGGAGAUUACACGGAGGGAACUCUCGAACGAGUCGCGAGAUUAUCCGGCGGGCACAUCAUACAAAGACAUGAGCUUGGCCGACUUAUACAAUUCGCACAGCAUCAGAGCGCAGCCGCAAACUACGUGUGUGAAUGUAGGGACCUGGGAGAGGACGUAGAUCGCGAGCCUUUCCUUAGGGCCAUGAUCGGUGUGGAGUCUACGUCACCUGGAGACUCUAACUUCGAUCACACCAAAAUGGACAUUCUUACUCUGGCAUUAAAAUUUACCAAGUCUCCGGUCCUGCGAAAGGACCUUUACGGCGACAAAGGCGACGUCAUGGAAGAGGUAAACACGUACAUGCCGUGCAUUGGAACACGUGUUCGACGCGGUCCAAACUGGCACUGGGGUAACCAGGAUUGCGAGGGACCUGGAACUGUUGUUGGCCAUGAUUCCGAUAAAAUGGUAUGGGUGGAGUGGGACCUCGGACGUAACAGGAACGUGUACCACUACUUACCAGGGUUACAUGACGUCACAGUGGUCGACGAGGAGAGGGUGUUGGUGGCUGGCGAGGAUAUAGGAGUUGGUUGUAAAGUCAAACGAGGCAAAGACUGGACAUUUGGAGAUCAGGACGGUGGUGAGGGGACAGUGGGUAUUGUAUGCCGAGCAGAUCCUGCAAAGACUGUCCAUAUACGAUGGCCUAACAAGACAGUAAAGAGAUAUAACUUCGGAGCUAAUGGACGCUUUGACGUGGAACUGAUUAACCAACGAGAACCCAGUGUAACUUCAGCCUCCAUUUUACCACCCAGAAGGAGAGAGGGGUCUAUUCCAGACAAGGACAAAGAUGCUCGAAAGGAAAUGUCUAUUGAAGACAUGAAUCGUCUCAAUCAGAGAAAAUAAACGCGUCUUUUAUAUCAAAAACAAAAACACAUCAGAAAUACCAUGGAUAUAGACUAUAAGGGUCAAAAUAUGUAAAAGACAAAAGGUUGAAAAUCCUCCAUUGUAAAAAAAAAAGACAAUGACAAUAACACUUUGUCGAUAUUGUUGCAAAAUAUGACAAUCAUGGGUGUCAUAUAUCGCCUUGAUUUGUCUUUCUUGUCUUAAUGUGAGAACGUUUUUCAUCUAGUUUUACAUGCCUGGUCUCGUUGAUACACUUACCCUUCUGCCACACUUGGUCCUAUUUUUCUACUUCAACAGUCUCCAUCUUGAAAUGAACUACGUCAAAGAAAAGCAGUCCAUCGCCGAAAAAAUAAAAACAAAAGACUUUACGAAAUUGAUUAGUUAACAAAAAAAUUCAGGAGUGUUCAAAUUAUCGGUUUUGAUUUUCACCAAUUUAUCAAAUGAAUACAUCAGAUAUUAUUGAACGAGAAUUGAAAGAGACCAUGAAUGUUUGCUAACUCUAAAAACGAGCUUUAACACGUUGAAUUUGGAGCAUCUCUUAGAAGGAUAAAUUUACGAACUCCGUAUGUUGGAUAUUUUCAGAUGAACAAGGUAUCAUGCUUUAAGAGCGAUAAUUACAUUCAGAUAGUUUUAACUCUUAAACGAUGUUUUCAUCAGAGCAUUCAAGUAUUCUCUGUUUCUUUUUCCGUAUAUUUAUUGACACAUUUAAAUUGUAACGCAAUUACAGCCAUUUACCAACGUCUCAAAAUAUAGACUUCCGCAUUAUUUGUACCAUGUAUAUGACGUCAUUAUUUUUGACGUCGUAAGUAUGUGUACUUUAUUUAUGACAUCACAAUUCAAAUACAUUCAAAUAGCCUGAAGAGCCCCAAGAUUUAAUCUUCGGUGAUUUGUUUAAAUUAUAUUUCUAUGAUCAUAUGAUGUCUAAAAUCACUAUGUUUCUCCAUUAGAUAAUAGUGUCAAUAGGUUUAUGAUUUAUUGAUAUAAAUUAAAUAAAGAAAUAGACGUUA